AUGCAAUGCGAACUGUUCAACAAGACCUCCUUCUCCGCGGCAAGGGGAUCCUCUAAAGAACAAUUAACGGAGCUCCUACAAAAAUUCUGGGUCCAGGAAGAACCACCAACUCCAACGAACGCAACCAACGAGCUCACACCAGACGAACGAGAGUGUGAAGAACACUUCCAACGCACUCAUCAACGAGACACAGCUGUGCGCUAUAUUGUGAGAUUACCACUGCGCACAUCAACUACAGCGCUCGGAGAAUCGAGGAGUACGGCGGUUCCUCAACUCCAUUCAGUGAAAAGAAGAUUGAACGCCAAUCCUGAAUACAGCAAGCUGUACAACGACUUCAUCAACGAGUACGAAGCAUUUGAUCACAUGCGACGUACACACGACACCUCAGAACCAUCAACAACAUAUUACCUGCCACAUCAUGGAGUUCUGAGGGAGGAUGCACUAACCACGAAGCUACGAGUGGUUUUCAACGGCUCCAACAAAACAACUUCGUGCAUGUCACUCAACGACAUCCUCCACGCGGGCGGGAAGCUUCAAGUGGAUGCAAUGGAUUGUGGGAAAGACAGGAAACUUCAGGGGAGUCUAAUCGGGUUCGAGCGAGAGAGAGAGAUACGACCUUAUAAUUUCUACCGAUCAGUUGCUAAGCAGCUAGUCAACGACGAAGGUCAACGAUUCCCAGCAGCAGUGCCACCGCUAACUAAAGGGCGUUACGUCGACGACAUUUAUGGUGGAGCUGACUCAGAGGAAGAAACAAAAGAAAUGAUAACUCAACUUCAACAAAUCUGCCAUGCAGGCGGAUUUCCACUCCAGAAGUGGACGAGCAAUCACCCAGAGAUACUCGAGCAAGUCAACUUGUCAACGGGAACGGCAGGGCCAGUGCAAUUCGAGGAGACAAUAAUAAAAACUCUCGGAUUGCGUUGGCAUCCAUCGACGGACUCAUUACACUACAAAGCAAAGACCUUCAACUCAACGAACUUCACCAAGAGAACACUGUUGUCGGAAAUAGCUCAGAUUUUCGACCCUCUUGGAUUCAUCACACCAGUCAUAGUCCGAGGAAAAACAUUAAUCCAAGAACUCUGGUUGCUAAAAUCAACAUGGGAUGAUCAACUGCCACUUGAAUACGUACGACGGUGGAAACAGUUCAGGGACGAACUCACGCAACUCGACCAGCUCUCCAUCCCCAGAUGGCUGAGCCUAUCUCCAACGAUCACCAACGUACAAAUACAUGCAUUUGCAGACGCAUCGACGGUUGCCAUGGGGGCAGUCGUCUAUUUACGAACUCAACGAAGCAACGAAACACCAACGGUCAACUUGGUUCGUGCGAAAACGAGAGUAGCACCACUGAAGAGAAUGACGAUUCCACUCCUAGAGCUCACCGUAGCUCUCCUGCUGACAAAAAUAGUCAGCUGGACUCAACAAACGUUGGAACUCAACGCAGAGAUAUACCUCUGGUCUGAUUCAUCGGUCGCCUUGGCAUGGAUCAACAGCCAUCCAUCACGAUGGAAGGAGUUCGUUCACAACAGAGUGACGAAAAUUCAAGAAGAAUUACCAACAGCUGUGUGGAGACAUGUUGGCGGGAUUUACAACCCCGCUGAAUGUGCUUCACGUGGCAUAUCACCGACUCAACUCAACGAACAUCAUCUAUGGUGGAACGGGCCUGACUGGCUCGCCAAACCGCCAUCAGCCUGGCCACAAAACACAACCAACACUCCAACGGAGGUCUCACUUGAAGAGAGACCAGCAUCGGCUCACCCAGUGGCUGUUGAAAUUAGACAGCAUUCAUUGGCAGAGUUCGUCAACAGAUACUCCACGUUGUCUAAGAUAACCAACGUCAGACACGCCAGUGCUAACAACGAGAGAACUCAACGAAGCGAGGAUCUUCUGGAACCUCAACGAGAACACUCAACUUCCUCGACAACAUCCACUGGCCAAACUGACGCCGAGAAUAGACGACCAAGGAAUUCUACGGUUGGGUGGACGACUGAAAAACUCACUGCUCGCUCCAGACGAAAUUCACCCAGUGAUAUUGCCACGGAAGUCUCGGCUAACAACAUUAAUCAUCAACGAAGCUCACCAGAAAACUCUACACGGAGGAGUGCAACUCACCAUGGCCUACAUCAGACAACGAUACUGGAUCGUUGGAGGCAGAAGAUCAGUACAAGCAUUCAUGAUACGCUGCUCUGUCUGCACCAGGUACAGGGCAACACGAGCACAACAGCUGAUGGGUCAGCUCCCAACGCCGAGAGCAACACCUUCAAGACCAUUCCUGCACACUGGAAUUGA